AUGACUCACAUGCAGAACUAUGUUGACCUAGGUCAUAUGUGUUUGGCCCCUGCGCCCUCUCCAUACAUUCUUACUCAUCACGGUGUCGUUAAAGAAUCUUCUACAUCCUCCCCACUUCGUGUUGUGUUCAACGCUUCUGAAUUAAGUGACACAAAUCAGUCUCUUAAUAAAUCACUGUUAACUGGACCUAAGCUUCAAGCUGAUAUCGGAACUAUUAUCACAAACUUCAGAUUGCACCAGAUUGCUAUGACUUGUGACUUCAAACAAAUGUAUCGAGCUAUUCGUAUAACACCGGCUGAUUGUAAAUAUCAACAUUUGUUUUGGCGCUCUGACCUCACGGGCCCUGUACAGGAAUGGGAAUUACAAAGACUAACCUUUGGUCUCUCGUGCAGUCCUUAUAUUGCACAACGAACUUUGAAGCAACUAGUGCUUGAUGAAGGCGCUAAGUACCCAAAUGCGGCUGAUAUUCUAAGCUCCUCUUGUUAUAUUGACGAUCUUGUUUUUGGCGCUCCAACCGAGACUUCAGCUCUUAAGCUUUAUGAUGAAAUCACACAACUAUGCUCAUCAGGUGGUUUCGAACUUCAUAAAUGGUCAAGUUCAAGUAGCUCCGUCCUCACCACAAUCCCCGCCGACCGUCGAGAAACACCCCAUCCGUUAGGAUCUUCACACUCGAUUAAAGUACUAGGACUUGAAUGGGACCCAACUACUGACUGUUUCCGCUACUCUAUUUCACCUGUCAACAGUACACCAACCAAACGCAAUGUAUUGUCUCAAGUUGCUCGAGUUUACGAUGUAAACGGCUUUAUUAGACCAAUUAUUUUCACCUUAAAACAUCUACUUCAACAGAUUUGGAUUGAAAAACUCAACUGGGACGACCCUCUCCCUCAAUCUCUCCAAAAUGUUUGGGAUAAAUUCAUCAAAGAACUACCCCUUAUGACACAGUUCCAAAUACCUCGCUACAUUCUCAGUAACUACUUAACCGCUAAGCUGAUUGGUUUCUCUGAUGCUUCCAAAAUAGGCAUGUGCGCCUCCUUGUAUCUGCGUAUUGAAUGUGAAGAUAAGAGUGUAGAGUGCAACCUCCUGCAAUCCAAAACUAAAGUCACUCCUCUGAAAACACUUACGAUCCCUCGUUUAGAAUUGUGUGCCGCUCUUCUCCUCUCUCAGUUAGUAAAAGCGAACCAACCGCUCAUUAACAAACUGCAAAUAUCAGACAUCUUUCUAUUCACAGACUCCAUGAAUGUGCUUGGUUGGUUAAAUACACCACCACACCUCCUAGAAACCUUUGUCUCAACCCGUGUCUGUAAAAUAACAGAAAUCACCUCUGUUGAUGUUUGGCGUCAUAUAUCAGGAGAUGAAAACCCUUCUGACUGUGGCACUAGAGGUUUAAUGCCGAAUAGUCUGUUGAGUCACCAUCUUUGGUGGCAUGGACCCUCUUUUAUCCACAAUGAUAUCUCAUCUUGGACUCUACCGCCUUCAAACUUUCCUUCGGAUGUUAUUGAGCCUCAACAAACUCCCACGAAGAACACCUUAACAACUAACACUGUUCCGCAAAACGAUCUUUAUCAAUGGAUGAAUAGGUUUUCAACACUAAUUAAACUUCAAAACACCAUGAGCUAUGUACUGAGAUUUAUCCAUAACUCACGAUCUAUUCAAUGUGAUAAACGCUCUGGCUCGUUAUCAGUUUCGGAACGAGAUGCCGCUCUGGAAUGUUGUAUAAAAUUAGUACAAGCUCGGCACUAUUCUGAAGAAAUAAAAGCUCUAAAACUAUCCAAGCCUUGUUCUUCAUCACUAAGAAAACUUUCUCCAUUUCUAUCCUCGGACACCCUGGUAGGAUAA